AUGAAGCUUACUGCCGUUAUUUUCUUCGUCAUCGUCGGCUUCUGCUCCUCGACGUCCAUUCAAGAGGAUAUCUACUACGACUUCGAAGAUGAGCCAUUCGCGUACGCGACUACUUCCAGCCCGAUGUGGGAGAUGCCGAAUUCCGGAUAUUUGUGGGUCGGCAUGGUCGUUGCCAUUGCCGCAUUUGUUCUCUUCGCGUUGAUCGUCGCUGUCUUCGUGUUCCCCCGUCGUGGAAAGCGAGUCGAAUUCUAA